GAGAGUCCACCAGUCACACGCUGGUCACUCUGCACAAACCUGCUCAAGCCAUUCCCCUCCUGACAUCUUUGAGAAACUCUCCAGUGCUCCGAGUGAGUCUGUGGGUGCUGCCUUUAAUCAUCAUCUCCGGUGGAUUACAACAGCUGGAUGAGCAGAUAAAGACUUUUCUCUUCUUUUUCUCAUUCCUUCCUCUUCACUUUUCCUCCUGAAGUCAGAGCAGUUCCCAGCCAGGAGGCAUGGUGCUGGUGGGAGCCCUGUGCAGCCUCCUGCUCCUGUGCCUGGUUGAGGAGGGCACCAGCAAAGUGAGAAGAUAUUACAUAGCUGCGGUGGAAACCAGCUGGGACUACACACACAGCAACUUGCUGUCCGUGCUGCAAGCGCCUGCAGGCAUUUUGGGGCAUGCAGGCCCACGUCCCCCCCCAGCUGGUGUCCCUCCCCAGUACAGGAAAGCUGUUUUUGUGGAGUACCCUGAUGGCUCCUUCACACAGCCCAAGCUGAAGCCAGCCUGGAUGGGCCUCCUGGGCCCCACCAUCCGAGCAGAAGUCCAUGACACAGUGGUCAUCACCUUUAAGAACCUGGCCUCCCGCCCCUACAGCCUCCAUGCUGUCGGUGUGUCCUACUGGAAGGCAUCAGAAGGAGCAGGGUAUGAGGAUGAGACCAGCCAGCCAGAGAAGGAGGGGGACAGGGUGGAUCCUGGCAAGACACACACCUAUGUCUGGGAAAUCCAGGAGAACCAGGGCCCGACGGACGAUGACUCCGCCUGCCUGACCCACUCCUACUCCUCCAACACCAACAGUGUGAAGGACAUCAACUCUGGCUUGAUUGGAGCCCUGCUCGUGUGCCGACCUGGGACCCUGGCCAGUGAUGGGAAUGAGAGCCUGCAGAAAGAGUUUGUGCUGCUCUUCGCAGUGUUUGAUGAAGGGAAAAGCUGGUACUCUGAGCAGGGUUCUGUCCUAGCAGCUGCUCAGCCCCAGGCUCACAACAGGACAGAGCUGCACACCAUCAAUGGCUAUGUCAAUGGCUCAUUGCCUGGUCUCACACUGUGCCUCAAGAAGCAGGUCCACUGGCAUGUGAUCGGGCUGGGCUCUGGGCCAGAAGUCCACUCCAUCUUCUUUGAAGGCCACACAUUCCUGGUGAGGAGCCACCGUCUCAGCAGCCUAGAAAUCUCCCCUGCCACCUAUCUCACAGCCCAGACCACGCCAGGAACAGCUGGCUGGUUCCGGAUGUUCUGCCAGAUACUGUCCCAUCAGCAAGUUGGCAUGGAGGCCUUUGUGAAGGUGGAGGAGUGUCCCGAGGAGCGGCUGCUGAAGACAGGGAAGCAGUUAAAGGAGCCAGAGGACCUGGAUUACCCUGAGGAAGAUGAGCAAACUUAUCAUGUGAUCCAAGCACGCUCUUUUGCCAAGGACAGGCCCAUGACCUGGCCUUACUACAUUGCAGCAGAGGAGGUGGACUGGGACUAUGCCCCUGUGAAGCCAGCAUCUCUGGACAGAAACAUGGCAAGCCUGUACCUGGAGCCUGGCCCACAGAGGGUGGGCUCAAAGUAUAAGAAGGUGGUGUUUGUGGAGUAUGAGGAUGCAACGUUCAGGAAGCGCAAGGUGUCCAGCCAGCAGGACAAGGGAAUUCUGGGGCCUGUCAUCAAGGGGGAGGUGGGAGAUCAGCUGAAGAUCGUGUUCAGGAAUCUAGCCAGCCGACCCUACAACAUCUACCCUCAUGGCCUCACCAGUGUCAGGCCCUACUAUCCCAUGAGACGCUCACCAGAGAAGGAUGUGAAGGAUAUUGCCAUUGCCCCUGGGAAGUCCUUCACCUACAGCUGGAGUCUCACCACUGAGGAUGGCCCAACAGAGGCAGAUCCUCGCUGCCUCACCCGUUUCUACUACAGCUCCAUCAACCCCGUCAGGGACACUGCCUCAGGCCUCAUUGGGCCCCUCCUCAUCUGCUCCAAGAAGUCCAUGGAUCAGAGGGGGAAUCAGAUAAUGUCAGACAACAUGAAGUUGGUGCUCUUUUCAGUCUUUGAUGAGAACCACAGCUGGUACCUGGAGGAGAACAUCAAGAGGUUCUGCUCUGAUGCAGCCCAUGUGGACACCCAGGACCCCCAGUUUUAUGCCUCCAAUGUGAUGCACACUAUUAAUGGCUUUGUAUUUGACAACCUGCAAACAAAACUCUGCCUGAACGACGUUGUGUACUGGUAUGUCCUGAGUGUUGGGGCCCAAACAGAUUUCCUCUCCAUCUUCUUCUCUGGAAACACCUUCAAGCACAACAUGGUCUUUGAGGACGUGCUCACUCUUUUCCCAUUUUCUGGAGAAACAGUCAUCAUGAGCUUGGAAAAGCCAGGUGUGUGGACACUGGGGUGCCUAAAUCCUGAUUUCAGGGACCGAGGGAUGCAUGCCAAGUUCACGGUCUCACAGUGCCAGAAUGAGCAGUACACUGAUGAGGAAGAUUAUGUGUAUUCUGAUGGGGAGGAGGUGGUCUUUGAAUUCCAGCCCAGGGGCUUCUCUAAAAGAAAGAAGUCAUGUGUGAAUGAGCAACUGAACAAUAUCACCUCUUCCAGAAAUGAGAUAGAGGAGACAAGAUUGUGCCUGACAGAACAUGGGGCCCUCCAGAGCAAUGGUAAGAUUUCUGAUCCCUCUUCCAAUGGCAUAUCAACAUUUUUAGAAACAUUGCCAAAUCCAAAUGAUAUUUCCACGUCUCCUCUGCCAGAGAUGAGCUAUGACCCAGUGUCCUAUGAGUCCUUCCUGGAAGAUGAAGAAUUGUCAAAAAUCCCCAGCCAGGAUGAAGGGUUUGGAGCAGUCCCACGUGGAGAACACUUGGUGAGUGACAGUGGAAGGGUCCAUGGUACUGUGAGCUCAGAAGAAGACCAGCAAUGGCUGCACCAAGUCACAGCAGCUCCAGGAGAGGCUCCAGAGCUGCAGGAGCCAGUAAAAGGAAUGACAGUCCAGUCUGGUGGGAGGAUAGAGAACCUGGAAGCAGAGCCUCAAAAGACAGCUACUCAUGCAACAAGCUUGUGGGACUCCAUUGCUCAUGCUGCUGGCAAAGCCCCUCUUCAGGAGAACAGGAGCUCAAUUCUCCAGAAUGAUCUGGAGCACAACCUGGCACUUCAAGAUGUGUCUUCACCGGGAAAAGAGGACAAGCUGCUAAAAAGGGCCGAUAAAAUAUCCUUUAACCCGUAUGACUCAGGGGAGGCAAUCAGUACAGGCCUGUCUUUAAGUAUUGAUCACAACUCUUCCUCCAGACUGAACAAUCCUUCUGCAGAUGAGACAGAAGAUAAUAGGACUUCUCAUGCUGUGGUUCACAGUCACACCAUAGAAAGCAAUUAUUCAUCAAAUGACCUAGAUGCUAGGCUGGAAAAAAGGCCUCACAAUGUGGUUUCACAAGGCUUUUAUGAAACUUUUGAAGAGCAAAAUGUUUCUUUGUCAGACAAACCUGCACGAGGAGAAAGCUUCACAGAUGAGAGCAACCCCUUGCCUGUGAAAAGUGGCACAGAAAAGGCCAGUGGACUUGCCCAAGGCCUUCCAGAAACCACCUUUGCAGACAGCAAUGACCUUGAGCCACCCAGCUAUGUAAUGACAGAAGAGAGGGAUGAAGUAGUUUUGAAAGAAGUGUUUCAGGAUGCUAAGGAAUUAGCAGAGCUGGACAGUAUUGCCCUUUCUGAAUCGAACAUUGUGACCAAUGACACCAAGCCAUUCCCAAAUGGCUUUUUAAAGAGCCCUGAGCAGUUUCUGAGGCACAGAGUUACAGCCAGAAGCCCUGACUGGAGACCUAAACAAGGCAGGUCACUGGAGAGCAGAGGUUUGGGUGUUCCCAACACCAGCAGCAGGGACGGGGCUCAGCGCAGCAGACGCUCCCUGCCCUCACGGGGAGCACUGGGGACAGGACCUGCAGGGGCAGAGAGCAGCUCAGGAAGGCAGGCCACUGCUGAGGCUGCACACCUGGCCUCAAACUGGGACCCAGGCUCCCCAGGGGCUGUGGUGGACAUGGGGGACGUGCACAGCCCAGCUGUGGCCAAGCUGCAGCCAGGCAGAGCUGCAGUGUGGGGGGCUCCUGGGAGACAGCAAGCUCGGGGGAGAAGCCACAUGGAGGAGGAGACAAACUCUGUGGAGCAGUUGGGUCAGUCCAGUCCUGAGCCUCAGCAGCCCAAGGCCAAUGCCACAGAGGACCACCUGCCUGGGAGAAUGUCUGGGAGCACAGAAGGAACAUCUCUGAAAUCAGCCACCAGAGAGAACUGUUCACUGUCUCCAAGUCAUCCUCCUCAAAACAACAGCACCAAAAAGCCAGCAGAGUAUGUGCAAGACACUCCUCAUGGAUGUCAGGUGCUCGGCAGAGAAGAUGGCCUCAGAGAAAUAGGGAACAGAGAGGGCCAGGGCCUAGGAGAGCCCAAGGAGGAUGGGGAAAGCAACAGCACAGCUGGGGAGAGGAGCCACAUCCCAGGACACAGGGAGGAACCAGCCCUGAACAAUGGGACACAUUCCAGCCCCUCAGAGACUGCCAAGACAGACUAUGAUGAGUACAACACAGAGCAGACCAUGGAGGACUUUGACAUGUAUGGGGAAGUGGAGCAUGACCCACGCUCCUUCCAGGGGGAGAUGAGGCAGUACUUCAUUGCAGCAGUGGAGGUGAUGUGGGAGUAUGGGGACCAGAGACCCCAGCACUUCCUAAAAGCAAGGGACCCCCGGAGGAGCAGGGGGAAGCACUCCUGGCAGUACCGCAAGGUGGUUUUCCGAGAGUACCUGGAUGAGUCCUUCACGCAGCCGGUGCAGCGCAGAGAGCUGGAUGAGCACCUGGGCAUCCUCGGGCCCUACAUCAGGGCAGAAGUUCAGGAUGUCAUCAUGGUGACGUUCAAGAACCUGGCCUCACGGCCCUUCUCCUUCCACUCCACACUGACAGCCUAUGAGGGCACAGCACAGCAGGGUGAGGUGGUGCAGCCUGGUGGCCAGCAGAAAUACACCUGGAAAGUGCUGCCCCAGAUGGCACCAACCACGCAGGAGUUCGACUGCAAGGCCUGGGCUUACUUCUCCAACGUGGACCUGGAGAAGGACCUGCACUCAGGCCUCAUCGGGCCGCUGAUCAUCUGCAACCAUGGGGUGCUGAGCUACGUUUCCAGGAGGCAGCUGGCUGUGCAGGAGUUCUCCCUGCUCUUCACCAUCUUUGACGAGACCAAGAGCUGGUACUUCCCAGAGAACGUAGCCAGGAACUGCCGCCCUCCCUGCUGGCUCCAGCAGGACAGCCCUGACUUCAGGAGAAACCAUUCCUUCCACGCCAUCAAUGGCUAUGUGAGUGACACCCUGCCUGGGCUGGUGAUGGCCCAGCAGCAACGGGUCCGAUGGCACCUCCUGAACAUGGGCAGCACUGAGGACAUCCACUCUGUUCACUUCCACGGGCAGCUCUUCAACGUCAGGACCGGCCAGGAGUAUCGCAUGGGAGUCUACAACCUUUAUCCUGGUGUCUUUGGGACAGUGGAGAUGUGGCCCUCACAUGCUGGCAUCUGGAGGGUGGAGUGCAAAGUGGGAGAGCACCAAGAAGCUGGAAUGAGUGCCCUCUUCCUCGUGUAUGACCUGAACUGCCAGAAUGCCCUGGGUAUGGCCUCGGGUGGCAUUGCAGACUCUCAGAUCACAGCUUCAGGGCAGUAUGGGCAGUGGGCUCCUCACCUGGCCAGGCUGCACAACAGCGGCUCCAUCAACGCCUGGAGCACCGACCGCAGCAAUGCCUGGAUCCAGGUGGAUCUUUUGCAUCCCACCAUUAUUCACGGCAUAAAAACCCAAGGGGCCAGACAAAAGUUCUCCAGCUUCUACAUCUCCCAGUUUGUUGUGUUCUACAGCCUCGAUGGGCGAAGGUGGAAGACCUACAAGGGGAAUGCCACGAGCACGCAGAUGCUGUUCUUUGGGAACGUGGAUGCCAGUGGAGUGAAAGAGAACCGGUUCAAGCCCCCGGUGGUAGCUCGGUACAUCCGCAUCCACCCCACCCACUACAACCUGCGGGCCACGCUGCGCAUGGAGCUCCUGGGCUGCGACCUCAACAGCUGCUCCAUGCCCUUAGGAAUGGAGAACAGAGGGAUCCCUGAUGAGCACAUCACUGCAUCCUCCCACAGCGCCAACAUCUUCUCCAAAUGGACACCAGCCCUGGCCCGCCUGAACCUUCAGGGCAGGACCAAUGCCUGGAGGCCACAGAGCAACAGCCCCAGAGAAUGGCUGCAGGUGGACUUCGAAGUAACCAAGAAGGUGACUGCAAUCAUAACCCAAGGUGCCAAAGCUCUCUUCACCCAGAUGUUUGUGAAGGAGUUUUCUGUCUCCAUCAGCCAGGAUGGCAUGCACUGGAGCCCAGUCCUGCAAAAUGGCAAGGAGAAGAUUUUCAAGGCAAACCAAGACCACCAGAGCACAGUGAGGAACAGCCUGGAGCCGCCUCUCUUUGCCCGCUAUGUGAGGAUACACCCCCGCCUGUGGCACAACCACAUUGCCCUGCGAGUAGAGUUCCUUGGCUGCGACACUCAGCAGGAGUACUGACGGCUGCAGGGCCAGGAAGGGGCACUGCCAGCCCAAGGACACACAUCCCACCAGGCCCUGAGCCCUCCCCAGGGCUGGAGCCAUCCCUCCAGGGGCCUGGCUGCCCCUGCUGCUGGGGAAGGGCUGCAGAAGUGGCUGGGUCAUUAUCUGCCUUUUCCUGUGUCUGCCAGAUGCCAUAUACUCAGAUGUAAUGAUGAAGAAUUAAACAGUAAU